GGCUCCAGCGUGCUCGAUCCAGCCAUGGCGCCCGGACGCAAGCGCGACCGCUCCAGAACGCCGGAGGUGCCAUGGGAGCUCUUGCCCAAUGGUAAUGCCGUAGGUAUUCGCUCCACAGGCUCUCGGUCCAGAUCAGUUGACCGUCCGGCCAACGGUCGCGCCAAUGGGCGACCGGCGGCACCGGCACCGGUGGACCCGGCGCUGCUGGCGGCGGAGGCCCACGAGGCGGAGCGAGAUGCGUGGAGACGGCUGGUGAUCUUAUUAGCGCAGCUGAAGGGGGAUCGAAAAGUGGAGCAACUGCUGAAGGAGAAACAUCCUGAACUCAUGCAGGUGGCAGACAAAUGCGGAGCCUCCGGCAAGGCCAGCCUGAGCCUCCCAGCCGCCAAAGAUGCGGCGCGAGAAUGGUUCUCGCGCGGGCUGAGGGGUAGCAAUCAGCACGGCCCUGCGGCCAGAGCCAAGCUUUGCAAACAGCUGGCUGUGGCGUUGCUGGAGCGGGCCUCGAGCCUGAGCAGCGGCGUGCCGGUGUCCUUGGUGGCGGAGGUCCUGGACAAAGGGCGGCCCGAAGAGGAAGGCCCCUUGAUCUGCUCUUUGAUGGCGCGCGAGCUUCGGGGGAGUCGCUAUGAAGGACUGUGGAUCUCACGGAAAGGCCCAUCUGGACACUACUACUUGGGAGAUGAGCAUGAGGGCGCAAACCUCCCAACCACGGACAAGGACGGUGACCCCAUCCAUCCGCGUGUCCAUGCAGUGGUGAAGGUUGUGAAUGAGCAGUUGGUGAUUAGCGGCUUCUUCCUGGAUCCGGAAGAUGACACCAUGAGCCCUGCCAAGGUCCCCAUUGGGCCAUUCCUGAGCGUCUAUUUCGAGGGCAUGUCCGUGCGCGAGGCUUCGGCGGCCUGGAAAAACGGCCCCCCAAAGCGGCCGGCCAAGCCUGCGGCGCCGAAGCCAGGUGUCUUACUGGACCCGAAACUCAAAGAACUUCAGGCUGGUCUACCAGCUGGCUGGGAAGUUCGAGAGUCUCGGUCGAAGAAAGGCGUCUACUUCUUUGCUCAUCCGGCGACCGGGCGCUCGCAGAUGGAACGACCCAAGGCGUAGCAGCGGGGCAUAGCACCGCAGCGGCGUAGUUCGGCGCCUUUUUGGGUGGGCCGAACGUCAGACGAGCCGUUUGAGCUCGAGCUGAAGGAACGUAAAGGACGGGUCUGCCCUUUGCGGGCGGAGGUUGAGCGCAUGUGGC